GCACCUCUCCCUCGCCGAUGAGAGGUUGCGGGCCGACCCCGAAGUUGUCCUCGCAGCUCUGGGAAAAGACGUCAUCGCCUUGCAGAUGGCUGCCGACGAAUUGAAGAGCGACGGCGACUUCAUGCUGUCUGCCAUUUCUGAGAACCCAGCGGCAUUCCUCUUCUCGAAAGAAGAGCUGCAGCAGGAUCACGAGUUCGUGGCACGUGCGAUGCAACAGCACGACGGAGUUGGUCGAUUCAUCCUCCAGCGUCAGGAUGAGCUCCGUCCCGAAGUCAUUCUGCCUAGGACACUGGCUGAGCUGAAUGUCCGAGGGUCCUCACUAUCAAAGUGA